UAUAGUUGUAAAUACAUAGAAGAAAUCGCACAAAAUGGGAAAGAAAGCCAAAUCAGAAAAAAGAAAGCCGAAUUAGAGAAAGAAAUCCAACAGUUUUAACUAGUAACAUUUUUCAAAGCUCAAUUCAGUUGGUUGAUCGUUGCCUUUGUGUUAACAUGGUAAAAUCUAUAUUAGUGGUGUUUCUGGUAGUCCUGGCUCUAAAUGCUUACGCGCAACAGCAACACCAACAAAGUGGUAAACGUCAAAAAGUCAAACAAAAACCGCAGCAACAUUUGCCGGUUCCAGCAUUGCAUCAGAAUGAAAGUCGAGAUAAACCCAAUAAACGUCCAGUGAAGGUUCAAAAAUUCCGUUAUAUAACCAAAGAGAUUCCAGAGCUUGGGCGAGUUCGCGGCCGUACAUCUACGACCGAAUGGUCGGGCAAAUCCAUUAUACAAUUUCUUGAUAUUCCCUAUGCGAAGGCUCCUGUUGGUACACUUCGUUUUAAGCCUCCACAACCAAUUGAGCCAUGGCAAGGAAUCUUAAAUGCCUAUAAACCACACGUAGGCUGUCCCUCCUCCCAAGAUUUGUACAAUUUUGAAACUUGGCGGAAAAAGAAAGUUGAUUUCGAAGACUGUCUGCGUUUAAGUGUCAGCUCAAAAUCUCUCAGUAGCAAUGCACCCGUCAUGGUAUAUAUUCAUGGUGACUUCCUCUUCGAAGGCAGCAGCGCUCAAGCGAAUCCUAGUUAUUUAUUAGAAGAAGAUAUUGUUCUGGUUUCGAUACGUUAUCGCUUAGGUCCGUUUGGGUUUUUAUCCACAAUGAGCGAAGACAUUCCAGGAAAUGCAGCGGUGCACGAUGUGAUUUUGGCCCUAAAAUGGAUUCAGAUGCACAUUACCGCUUUUGGUGGGGAUCCUACACGGGUUACACUUUUCGGCCAAGUGGGUGGUUCUGCUAUAAUUAAUGUAUUGACGAUGAGCCCUGUGGUUCCACAUGGUCUGUUUCACCGAGUUAUUUAUCAAUCUGGCACGGCUUUAACGCCUGCCUUCAUAACCGACAAUCCAUUGCCGGCGGCUAAGGACAUAUCCAAACACGCUGGUUGCAAAAAUCUCAUUAAGAUAGAUGCGCUUAACAAGUGCUUGCGAAAUCUGAACACGACAGCGUUAUUGACUGCGUUCGGUGCACACGGUGAAGCCAACGCUCAUUUGGGCGUGGGGAACUAUGGAGCGGUGCAAUUUGUUAUCGGCGGUCCAUCUGGAAUACUACCAAAACAUCCAGGGAAGCUAUUAGCAUCAGAAGAUUUUAAGGCUUAUCCCACGCUUGGUGGUAGUGUGAAAAAUGCUGGCACUUUUAUACUAAAAGACAUCUUUAUUGAUAACUUUAACGAGACAAUUAUUGACGACCAACUUGAUGGCAUUGGCUACAUUGAUCACAUAAUAUCCCAGACUAAUGGAGCUGAUCCUGCAGGUUCUUGGAUGAAGUUUGCACAGGAAGAAAUAUUCACAGGCGAGGAUAUAAAGAACGGCUCUUUUCAGAAACUCCUUCCCGGUCUUAUUGAUAUGAGCAGCACAAUACCGUUUAAGAAUCCUGUUUUAUUGACGCUACAAGCGAAUGCAAAGAAACUUGCUAACAGCACUUAUCUUUAUUCAUUUGAUUACGAAGGCGAAUUUAAUCGUUACGCUAGCCGCGAAGACAUCGAAGGAUUGAUGCCUUUUGAACUUGGAGUAUCUUUAACCGACGAUAAUUUAUAUCUCUUCCCUUGGCCGAGGGCUAGAAUUCUAAAUUUGAAUCGUGACGUCAAAAUUGCUAAGCGCAUGGUUGCAUUCUGGACUUCUUUUGCUACUAAUGGAGUACCAACAGCCCCAGAUACCCCGGCUUGGCCUGCUUUAACAGAAGAAACAGGCCCUUAUUUAAAAAUCGGCAAAACUGUUACAAUUGGCGAUAAUUAUCUCGAAGAAUAUAACAUCGCCGUGAAGGAAGAGCGUUUGGGAUAUAGCUUGGUAAACGAAGAAUUUUUUAACAGUUUAGAUGAUAUUGCUGCGACCGAAAGAGAGUCCCAUAAUGAGCAGGCUAGUCUACAAGAUACCAAAGACAAUGAUGGCGACAUCAAAGAGACUAAUGAAAGAAAACUGGAUUUUGUAUUUAUUGCAAGGAAGGGGGUACGUUUAGGUUAAUAGGUCAAGAUAACAUGAAGCUGGAAUAGACACAAAAUAUGUGUGUGCAUAUAAUGUAAUAUGUAUUAUUAUUUAUUUAACUUAAGAACACAAUAUACGCCACGAAAUAAAAAUGAAAACGACAUGUAUGUAGUCGAUUAACUGA